CACCAGCGAAAACUAUUUUCGAACGCACCCACGAUCGCUGCUGCUCUGAUGUAGUGCUAAUAGCGUCUCCCCGAACGCACUCAUAGCGAAAGCUUAUUCGGAUUAUUCGGAACGCACGCAAACGACGCAUCUGAAAAAGACGACGGAAUCAUGGCGGAUGCUGCUGCACGUCAAUUGCAAUACGAAUAUAAAGCGAAUUCCAAUCUUGUUUUACAAGCUGAUGUCCGGCUAAUAGAAAGACGCAGUCGCGAUGAGGCUACCGGUGAAGUUAUGUCCCUUGUGGGAAAAUUAGAUGGGACGCGUAUGGGCGAUAGGGCCCAACGUAGCAAACCUGGGAAGGCAGAGGAGAGAAAAGUCAAACGACAGAAACGUGAUGAAGCGCAGUAUGACUUUACACGUAUGAAAGGAGCAACACUGUUAUCUGAAGGUGUGGAUGAAAUGGUUGGUAUUACAUAUCGUCCAAAAACACAAGAGACGCGUCAAACUUAUGAGGUAUUGCUUAGUUUCAUACAAGAAGCUUUGGGCGAUCAACCACGCGAUAUUCUUUGCGGUGCAGCUGAUGAAGUAUUACUUGUGUUAAAAAAUGACCGUACAAAAGAGAAAGAAAAGAAAAAAGAAACGGAAUCUUUACUCGGUCCAUUAGCAGAGGAAAGAUUCGCGCUGCUUGUAAAUCUUGGUAAGAAGAUCACGGAUUUUGGCAGCGAUGAGAAGGGUACAACAAAUGGUGAUAAUAUCGACGAAACGUAUGGAAUCAAUGUACAAUUUGAAGAAAGUAGUGAGGAGGAUGAUGAAGAUGUAUAUGGAGAAGUUCGAGAAAAUGAUGAUGAGGGAGAUGAAGGUGAAGAAGCUAAUGACGACAGAGCUAUUCAUGCGGAAAACUUGGGUGGAACAGAAGAAAUGAAGAAAGAAAAACCGUUACAUCCGUUAGACAUAGAUGCAUAUUGGUUGCAAAGAAGAUUAAGUAGAAUAUAUGAUGACGCCAUGGUAUCUCAAGAGAAAGCUGCUGAGGUACUAGAUGUUUUGAAAAAUGAUGCGGAUGAUCGCGAAUGUGAAAAUCAGCUUGUGCUUUUAUUAGGCUAUGAUUGCUUUGACUUCAUUAAACAGCUUAAAAAGUAUAGACAUACAGUUGCAUAUUGUACGUUGUUAGCCUCGUCGCAGUCUGAGUCGCAGAGACAAAAAAUUCGUAACAAAAUGAACGAUGAUCCGAUGCUUGCCAAAAUCUUGCGACAGUUAGAUACAGGUAAAGGUGAAGACGACGCCGACGAGACAAUGGAAGCGAGAUCGCAGCGCAAGAGGCGAGAAGAGAACGAAGAUACGGGAGGGCCCGGAGGACAGGUUGAAGGUACAAGAAAUUUAAUAGAUUUGGAAGACUUAAUAUUUGCUCAGGGAAGUCACUUUAUGGCUAACAAACGUUGUCAAUUACCUGAUGGAAGUUUUCGAAAACAGCGAAAAGGAUACGAGGAAGUUCAUGUUCCUGCUCUGAAGCCAAAACCGUUUGCAGAGAAUGAAAAAUUACAUCCAAUUGAGCAAUUGCCUAAAUACGUUCAACCCGCUUUCGAGGGUUUUAAAACGCUAAAUCGUAUACAAAGUCGCUUAUAUCAGACAGCAUUGGAAAGUGAUGAGAAUCUGCUGCUGUGCGCUCCAACAGGAGCCGGCAAAACAAAUGUAGCCCUGCUGUGCAUGAUGCGGGAAAUUGGCAAGCACAUAAACGCCGAUGGUACAAUCAACGCAGAUGAAUUUAAAGUAAUUUACGUUGCCCCGAUGCGUUCGCUAGUACAGGAAAUGGUUGGCAAUUUCCGCAAGCGAUUGUCAACGUACAAUUUGACUGUCUCCGAAUUGACAGGUGAUCAUCAAUUAACGCGAGAGCAAAUCGCCGCUACUCAAGUGAUAGUGUGCACCCCGGAAAAAUGGGACAUUAUAACGAGAAAGGGUGGUGAAAAGACUUUCACAUCAUUAGUACGAUUGAUUAUUAUUGAUGAGAUUCAUUUGUUACACGAUGAGAGAGGUCCUGUUCUAGAGGCAUUGGUAGCAAGAACGAUUCGAAAUAUCGAAACUACUCAAGAAGAUGUGCGUCUUAUCGGCUUGUCGGCUACAUUACCCAAUUAUCAAGAUGUCGCAGCAUUUUUACGCAUUAAGCCAGAAACGGGACUGUUCUAUUUCGACAAUAGUUUUCGGCCUGUAGCCUUGGAACAGCAAUACAUUGGCGUCACCGAAAAGAAAGCGCUAAAACGCUUUCAAGUGAUGAACGAGAUUGUUUAUGAGAAAACCAUGGAACAUGCUGGCAGGAAUCAGGUACUGAUAUUCGUGCAUUCGCGUAAGGAAACUGGAAAAACGGCACGCGCUAUUCGAGAUAUGUGCCUAGAGAAAGAUACUUUGGGUCAAUUCCUUAGAGAAGGUUCCGCGUCGAUGGAAGUUUUGAGAACGGAAGCGGAGCAAGUAAAAAAUCAGGAGCUCAAGGAUUUGCUGCCGUAUGGUUUUGCGAUUCAUCACGCCGGUAUGACUCGCGUGGACCGUACACUGGUGGAGGAUCUUUUCGCCGACAGACAUAUACAAGUUCUCGUAUCUACAGCGACUCUAGCUUGGGGUGUUAACUUGCCCGCUCAUACAGUUAUUAUCAAAGGUACUCAGGUAUACAAUCCAGAGAAGGGUAGGUGGGUGGAACUGGGCGCUUUAGAUGUGCUGCAAAUGUUAGGACGAGCCGGUCGACCGCAGUAUGAUACCAAAGGUGAGGGUAUCCUCAUUACAAAUCACAGCGAGCUGCAAUAUUAUCUAUCGCUUUUGAAUCAACAGUUACCCAUUGAAUCUCAAUUAAUCAGCAAGAUGUCCGAUAUGCUAAACGCAGAAGUGGUACUAGGUACGAUCCAGAAUAUCAGAGAUGCAGUCACCUGGCUUGGCUAUACCUAUCUUUAUAUUAGAAUGCUUCGUUGCCCGAAUUUAUAUGGAAUAAGUCACGAUAAGUUGAAGCAGGAUUCUUUAUUGGAACUGCAUAGAGCUGAUUUGAUUCAUUCCGCCGCAAUUGGACUGGAUCGCAGUGGCUUGAUCAAGUAUGACCGCAAGUCUGGCAAUUUCCAAGCGACCGAAUUGGGCAGAAUAGCGUCUCAUUAUUAUUGCACUCACGAAACUAUGUCUACAUACAAUCAGUUGUUAAAACGCACGUUGAGCGAAAUAGAAUUAUUCCGGGUGUUUUCACUGUCGAGCGAGUUCAAGAAUAUAAAUGUUAGAGAAGAAGAAAAGCUGGAGCUGCAAAAAUUGAUGGAGAGAGUGCCGAUACCAGUGAAGGAAAGCAUUGAGGAGCCAAGUGCGAAGGUAAAUGUGUUAUUGCAGGCAUAUAUAUCGCAAUUGAAACUUGAGGGAUUUGCCCUCAUGUCUGAUAUGGUGUUUGUAACACAGUCUGCCUCACGUCUUAUGAGAGCUAUCUUUGAGAUAGUUCUGUUCCGUGGCUGGGCACAAUUGGCAGACAAAUGCUUAUCCAUCUGCAAGAUGAUAGAUCGUAGAAUGUGGCAAUCCAUGUCGCCGCUCAGACAGUUUCGUAAAAUGCCGGAAGAAAUUGUGAAGAAGAUAGAGAAGAAAAACUUUCCAUGGGAAAGAUUAUAUGAUCUGGGACCUAACGAGAUUGGUGAAUUGAUUCGCGUACCGAAGCUAGGUAAGACUAUACACAAGUACGUUCAUCAAUUUCCAAAGCUGGGUCUGUCCACGCAUAUCCAACCGAUCACACGUUCCACUUUAAGAGUCGUAUUGACUAUCACGCCGGAUUUCCAAUGGGAUGAGAAGAUUCAUGGUAUGUCGGAAGCAUUUUGGAUCCUGGUCGAAGAUGUAGACUCGGAAGUGAUAUUGCAUCACGAGUAUUUCUUGCUGAAAGCCAAAUAUUCAGCCGACGAACACGUAAUUAAGUUUUUCGUACCAGUCUUUGAACCUCUGCCGCCGCAAUACUUUCUGCGUGUGGUAUCCGAUCGAUGGAUCGGCGCAGAAACGCAAUUACCCGUGAGCUUUCGACAUCUGAUAUUACCUGAAAAGAACUUACCGCCUACGGAACUACUGGAUUUGCAAGCAUUACCAAUAACGGCGUUACGAAAUGCCAAAUUCGAGAAUCUUUAUUCCGAUUUUCCACAGUUUAAUCCCAUUCAAACACAGGUAUUUAAUGCAAUCUACAAUUCCGACGAUAAUGUGUUUGUUGGAGCGCCUACAGGUUCAGGAAAGACGACCAUCGCGGAAUUCGCAGUGCUACGAUUAUUAACGCAGAAUCCGGAAGGACGAUGCGUUUAUAUGGUGAGCAAAGAAGCUUUAGCUGAAUUGGUUUACGCUGACUGGGCAGUGAAAUUUGGUCAACAGCUGGGAAGAAAAGUUGUUUUACUGAGCGGUGAAACGGGAACGGACUUGAAGCUGCUAGCGAAAGGACAAAUUAUUAUUACUACAGCGGAUAAAUGGGAUGUGUUGUCACGUAGGUGGAAGCAACGGAAGAAUGUGCAAAAUAUUCAGCUGUUUAUUGUAGAUGAAUUGCAGCUGAUCGGUGGCGAAGAGGGCCCUGUGCUAGAAGUUGCGUGUUCGCGAGCACGUUACAUUUCCUCUCAACUCGACAAACCUACUAGGAUAAUAGCGUUAUCGGCCUCGUUAGCCGACGCCAAAGAUGCUGCACAGUGGUUGGGCGCACCAGCAGCGGCAACCUUCAAUUUUCAUCCCUCUGUGCGACCUGUACCUUUGGAACUGCACGUACAAGGUAUUAACAUUACUCACAAUGCGUCAAGAUUAGCCGCCAUGGCAAAACCGGUAUAUAAUGCAAUCCUUCGACAUGCCGCGCACAAACCUGUUAUUGUAUUUGUACCGACUCGUCGGCAGGCGAGAUUAACGGCCAUUGAUUUGUUGACAUUCACGGCGGCUGAAGGUCAACCUUCGAGAUUCUUUCACGCAGAAGAGGCAGAUAUUAAACCAUUUCUUGAUCGAAUGGCCGAUAAGACACUGAAAGAAACUUUGUCGCAAGGUGUAGCUUAUCUUCAUGAAGGUUUAUCAACUGACGAUCGUCGAUUAGUUGAACAACUGUUUGACAGUGGAGCUAUCCAAGUGGCAGUUGCCACAAGGGAUCUUUGUUGGGGUUUAUCUAUCAACUCCCAUCUUGUGGUAGUCAUGGACACGCAAUGCUACAACGGCAAGACACAUGCCUACGAAGAUUACCCGAUUACGGAUGUUCUGCAGAUGGUGGCGCGAGCUAAUCGUCCGCUUGAAGACGAAGAUGCCAAGUGUGUACUCUUGUGUCAAAGCUCAAAAAAGGACUUUUUCAAGAAGUUUUUGAACGAACCGCUACCGGUGGAGAGUCACUUGGAUCGUCGACUGCACGAUCACUUUAACGCAGAAAUUGUAACAAAAACGAUUGAGAACAAGCAAGACGCGGUCGAUUAUCUUACGUGGACUUUUCUCUAUCGACGACUUACUCAAAAUCCUAAUUACUACGGCUUGCAAGGCGUUACGCAUCGGCAUCUUUCAGAUCAUCUGUCUGAGCUGGUCGAGAGUACAUUGACCGACUUGGAACAGGCUAAAUGUGUCGCCGUAGAAGAUGAGAUGGAUACUUUGCCACUCAAUCUGGGAAUGAUUGCCGCUUAUUAUUACAUCAAUUACGCCACUAUUGAAUUGUUCAGUCUGUCUCUUAAUAACAAGACGAAGAUUAGAGGCUUGCUGGAGAUUAUUUCAGCGGCUGCUGAGUAUGAAAGUGUUCCAGUACGACAAAGAGAAGAAAAUUUACUAAGAAGUUUAGCCGCGCGUUUACCUCACGCUCCACAGGCAGCCAGAAUGGCCGAUCCUCACGUAAAAGCGCAGCUUCUUCUGCAAGCACACCUGUCGAGGAUACAACUAGGUCCGGAAUUGCAAAAGGACACCGAACUAGUACUAGGAAAAGCUGUGAGGUUGAUACAAGCUUGUGUCGAUGUGCUGAGUUCCUCUGGAUGGUUGGCUCCCGCCGUCGCCGCUAUGGAACUCGCGCAGAUGGUAACGCAAGCGAUGUGGUCCAAAGACUCUUAUUUGAAACAAUUGCCGCAUUUUACUGCAGAAACUAUCAAGCGCUGCACUGACAAGGGUGUAGAGACCGUGUUCGACGUGAUGGAGCUUGAGGAUGACGAUCGAAAUCGACUAUUACAAUUAACCGAUGCGCAGAUGGCAGAUGUGGCUAAGUUCUGCAAUCGUUAUCCUAAUAUUGAGAUGUCUUACGAGGUGCAGGAGAAGGACAAGUUGCAUAGCGGCGGUACAGUGAACGUGAUCGUACAACUAGAACGGGAAGAUGAGGUGAUUGGGCCAGUAGUCGCGCCAUUUUUCCCGCAAAAACGUGAGGAAGGCUGGUGGGUAGUGAUCGGCGAUCCAAAGAGUAAUUCCUUACUUUCUAUUAAGCGUUUGACAUUACAACAGAAAGCGAAAAUCAAGUUAGAUUUUGUCGCUCCGGCGCCUGGUCAGCAUUCCUAUACCCUGUACUUUAUGAGUGACGCUUAUCUUGGUUGUGAUCAAGAAUACAAGUUCACCAUAAACGUUGGAGAAUAUGAAUCAGAUGCCAGUUCCGGUUCUGACUCUGAUUAAAAUUAUUAAAUUUAUGUCCCAUUAUUUACUAUUUUUUUGUACCGAAUGUACCUAAAUUAAAACUUGCGACAUCAUUUUUAAAUUUUUUUUAAUUUGUUAAAAUACUUAAAGUAAUUUUUAUUGUGAAGCGUAUUAAUUACUAUUUUAUUACAAUAUUCUACUUCAAAUGUUAAAAAAUUCCUUUUUACUCUUAUUUCAAUAGCAUGUAUGUAGAGAAUAAAAAUAUGUAUUCUUUGUGGUUAUAUGACAAUUCUAAGUAAUUUGAAAGUAAAAGAGAGAGGUGGAGAGAAAGAGAUAGAGAGUAUAAAGGAAGAAAUUUCAAAAAAUACUUAGAAUAUAAAAACUAGUGUAAAAAAAACAUCCUAUAGUAUUUAAGCAACAUGAUAGUUUGAAUGAUUAAUGUUACAAUAAAAUGUAUGUAAAAAUAGAAUAAAAUUUUUAUAUUUAAAUGUGAAAAGCAAUGUAUUAUUUUUUAAUAUUAUUGCACAUUUGUUAGUUUUGAAACACGUUCCUAAACUGAAGUUAUAUGAAAUAUAUAAUAUCAUAAAUUGAUAAGUGAUUUGAUAGUAUUGAUACUACAUAUUACGCACGGUACUAUCACGAUCACGGUAGGUAAAGAAAGAAAAUUCAUAACACUCGCACACUUCACUGGGAAAACCACGAAUUUUAUUGAACUUUACAAGCGUGUCAAAAAUACGUCGGACUUAGCGCGAAACCGAGCUUUAAUUCGUUUAUUUGCGUGGUCAAGCUCAUGACAACUGACAAUGCUCUUCUCAAAAAUCAAUAUAUCGAUUGGCCAGGACAGCUGACUGAUCUAACGGGCGCAGCAAUACUAAUGAGCAUUAUAGAUUGAUAUUCAUAGUCGAUUGUUAUUUGCAAACUAUCUUAGUUCUUGGUUUUUUGUCGCAACCAAUUUGUGACGUUGAGGUGAGAAAUGGCACAUUCAUAACCCAAUUUUUGUGUUUGUACCACUUGCAAAUAAAAUUAUAUUUAGAAAAAA